GCGGCACCACCCCCCUCUAGUGCACGGUGUGAGCGCUCAUUCAGCUUUAUCGCCCAGAGAAGCGCUGUGGUUGCAGAGAAGUGCACAUAUGCUUCGCUUACAGGCAGUUUAAACAGGAUGUAGCGACUGAAACAGACUACGGAAAGAGAGAGGCAGACGCAGAAGAAAAGAGCGGCUCGAACUGUGUGAUGUGACAAACAGCAGACAGACAGAAAUGACCGCCUCAGCGGAGGAGAGGAAGACGACUAGAGGGGUCCCGGUGAGGAGGCACCUCGCCGCCGCUGGCAGGUCUUGACGGCUGCUCCCGGUGACCUGAGAGAGCCGAGCUGUAAGCAGCAGGACGUUACCCACGCUGAAAAACACAGCACAGCCGGAACAGUCCACGACAACCUUGAGAGCGACCAUGGCGAGCCAGAGCGAUUGCUGUGUGAAGGUUGCGUUGAGGAUUCGUCCUCAGAUGGCCAAGGAGAAGAUCGAGGGCUGUCACGUGUGCACGCUGGUCACACCUGGAGAACCGCAGGUCCUCCUGGGAAAGGACAAGGCCUUCACGUACGACUUUGUGUUCGAUAUUGACUCAGAGCAGCAGCACAUCCACCAGACCUGUGUGUACAAGCUCAUCGAGGGCUGCUUCGAGGGCUACAACGCAACCGUGUUUGCUUAUGGACAGACGGGCUCAGGGAAGACCUACACCAUGGGGACGGGUUUUGAUGUGAAUAUGAGCCUGCAGGAUCAGGGCAUCAUCCCACGGGCCGUUCACCAGCUGUUUGAGGGCAUCCAGAACAGGAGGGAUCGAGCCCAGGAGACCGGCAUCCAGCCGCCAGAGUUUAAAGUCAGCGCCCAAUUUUUGGAGUUGUACAAUGAGGAGAUCCUGGACUUGUUUGAUGGAACCAGAGAUCCAGAGAGUCGCAGCAGGAAGUCCAACAUCAAAAUCCACGAGGACGCCAACGGCAGCAUCUACACCACCGGAGUCACUUCCAGACUGGUGCAGUCAGAGGACGAGCUGCUGCAGUGCCUGAAGCUUGGGGCUCUGUCCCGUACCACAGCCAGCACACAGAUGAACGCACAAAGCUCCCGCUCACAUGCCAUCUUUACCAUCCAUCUCUGUCAGAUGAGGGUCUUUCAGCAGCAGCAAAUGAAUGGAGGAGAGGAGAACGGUGAAGUGAACGGCGUCGACUCCUCCCCCAUUGCCCAGCCGGAGUACGAGACCCUGAUGGCCAAGUUUCACUUCGUGGACCUGGCCGGCUCAGAAAGGCUCAAACGCACGGGGGCCACUGGAGAAAGGGCUCGAGAGGGAAUCUCUAUUAACUGUGGACUGCUGGCUCUUGGAAAUGUGAUCAGCGCUUUAGGUGAUCAGACUAAGAAAGGCGGACACGUCCCAUAUAGAGACUCCAAACUUACCCGACUGUUGCAAGACUCGCUGGGAGGCAACAGCUGCACAGUCAUGAUUGCCUGCGUCAGCCCGUCGGACCGGGACUUCAUGGAGACGCUGAACACAUUGAAGUACGCCAACCGUGCCCGAAACAUCAAGAACAAGGUGGUGGUGAACCAAGACAAGACCAGCCAGCAGAUCAACGCCCUGCGUGCAGAGGUGGCCCGACUCCAGUUGGAGCUGAUGGAGUACAAGGCGGGUAAGCGUGUGGCAGGUGAGGAUGGGGCUGAAGGCUACAGCGACCUGUACCAGGAGAACACCAUGCUGCAGAGAGAAAACGACUCGCUGCGCCUGAGAGUAAAGGCCAUGCAGGAAACCAUCGAUCAUCUCAACACACGGGUGACACAUCUGCUGGCCAAUGAGGUCAGCACUCUGCUCACCAAGUCAAGUGAAGGCAAUGAGGAGAUUGGAACGCUAAUACAGAACUAUAUCCGAGAAGUUGAAGAACUCAGAUCCAAACUCCUUGAGAGCGAGGCCAUGAAUGAGUCGCUACGACGACAGGUGGCACGGCUCUCCUCUCGUUCCUCGUUUCCAGCCUCUGCUCUAAGCCCAGCCCCCGGCCAUCCCCCUGGGUCCUCCCCUAUAUCUAUGUCCAUGGAGGCCGAGAUGACGGAUGUUCUGCGGCGCGCCAAGUUGGACAUCGAGCGGCUGAAGAAGAAGGAAAGACGGCAGAGAAGGCUGAGCCCAGAGUUGGAGAAAGGUCUCAAGAAACGAGUAAAGCUGCACACUCAGGAAAACGGGGAGAAUCGGCGAAGCGGCGAAAAUGGACAGAAUGGAGAGAUUGAUUCAGAUGACAAUUACACCGAGGAUAUCAUGUCUCCGCUGCAGGAGGAGAGUGGCUGUGAGGAAGAUGAAGGCGAAGAUGAGGAGGAGGGCAGGGAGGAAGAGGACGGUUUUGACAGUGACGAGAGCCUGGUGGAUUCAGAUUCCGACUCGGAUGAGAAAGCCAACUUCCAGGCAGAUCUUGCCGACCUAACCUGUGAGAUUGAGAUCAAGCAGAAGCUGAUCGACGAGCUGGAGAACAGCCAGCGGCGUCUGCUGAUGUUAAAGCUGCAGUACGAGGAGAAGCUCAUCCUGCUGCAGAACAAGAUCAGAGACACGCAGCUGGAGAGAGACCGCGUGCUGCAGAACCUCAUGUCCAUGGAAAACUACACUGAGGAGAAGGCCAGCAAGAUCAGGCAGGAGUACGAGAAGCGCCUCAAAGAAAUGAACCGUGAUCUGCUGAAGCUGCAGGUGGCGCAGAAGGAGCAUGCUCGUCUGCUCAAAAACCAGGGGAGGUAUGAGCGGGAACUGAAGAAGCUCCAAACUGAGGUCAACGAGAUGAAGAAAGCAAAGGUGGUGCUGAUGAAGCAAAUGAAAGAGGAGCAACAGAGAAGGAGGAUGGUGGAGGCGAAGAGAAAUCGAGAGAUUGCUCAGCUUAAGAAGGAGCAGCGGCGACAGGAGUACCAGAUUCGGGCGCUGGAGUCUCAAAAGAGGCAGCAGGAGCUGGUGCUGCGCAGGAAGACCCAGGAAGUGACGGCCCUGCGGCGCAUGGCCAAGCCCAUGUCGGACCGCGUGGCGGGUCGAGUUGCCCGCUGGAACCAGGCGCCUCCAGUUACGGACUCCGGAGCUGAUUUGUCGGCCAGCACAACGGCAAGCUCCGAGGCGGAGACUGCGAGGACCGUGAGCGGACUGGUGCGCCAGUGGAACAACAAGAACAAUGCGUAUGGAUACAUGGCAGAGAGCGAGGGGAGCAUGGAUGGAACACGGGUGAUUAGCAGGAAGAAGCUGCAGAGGAAGCCAGUGGGCCUGGGCAGCACCGCACCUGCAGGCAGAGCCAACAGCUUCUCCAAGUCUGCCCGUCUAAAGUGGCAAACCCUUGAGCGUCGCAUCAUGGACAUCGUCAUGCAGAGAAUGACCAUCUCCAACGUGGAAGCGGACAUGGAUCGCCUUAUCAAGAAGCGAGAAGAGCUGACAAUGCAGCAGGAAGCUCUCUCACAUAAAAGGGAGGUACUGAUGGCCGACGGAGAGGGGCCAGAGGCAGAGGACCGCCUCCUUCAGGAAGUUAACGAGGAGAUCGAGGUGCUGAAUGCCAACAUAGACUACAUCAAUGACAGUCUGUCUGACUGCCAGGCCACCAUCGUGCAGAUAGAGGAGACCAAGGAUGAACUGGACUCUGUGGAUACCUCAGUGGUGAUCAGCUCCUGUUCCCUGGCUGAAGCACGCCACCUGCUGGAUCACUUCCUGAAGGCUUCCAUUGAUAAGAGCUUACAGGUGGCUCAGAGGGAGGCGCAGAUCCGACUGCUCGAGGGUCAGCUGAGGCAGACUGAUGUGAUCGGCUCGUCUCACAAUCACAUGAUCCUCGACGCGCUGCGAGAAAAGGCAGAGUGCAUCCCUGAGCUCCAGGCUCUCAUCCACAAUGUCCAGCAAGAAAAUGGUUACGCCAGCACGGACGAGGAACCCUCUGAGUUCAGCCAAGCCUCUGACAGCAGUGUGUCACAGAUGAAGGAAUCCAACAGCCAGGAUGACUUUAAAAUAAAGAUGGAGCCUCGCCUCUCGGCCCAGAUGAAGGCGGUGUCUGCGGAGUACCUCGGUCCCAUCCUGGAUCCCUCAUCCAGCAGCAAGCAGCAGCACAUCACUAAGUCCCUGGCCUCACUGACCGACAUCCAGGAGGAUGGCUUUAGUCUCGUUCCAGGAAGUCUGGCACUGAGCGUGCCCCUCCGGGACCCUUUUCACAGGGAACGAGCGUCCCGCACAAUCAGCCUUCCUGUCAGAGGACACACUUUUCCCAGGCAGUCUCGAGGUUAUGACACUUCCCCCAUUACAAGAAGGAAAUCUUACGACCGUUCGUACAGGCCCACUGAUAUCUACACUCCCCCCUCCUCACCUCCUUUAAGGACAAGGAAUGAUCGCAACGUCUUCUCCAGACUGACCAGCAACCAAGCGCAAGGUUCUGCUCUGGACAAGUCGGAUGACAGCGACUCCUCGCUCUCCGAGGUGCUCAGGGGUGUGAUCAAUCCCAUUGGUGGUGUAAAGGGGGGUCGGACAGCACCCCUCCAGUGCGUCUCUGUUGCCGAGGGCCACUCGAAGCCGGUUCUGUGCGUGGACGCUACCGAUGAGCUGCUUUUCACUGGAUCUAAAGAUCGCACCUGUAAGAUGUGGAAUCUAGUCACAGGUCAGGAGAUCGCCACCCUCAAAGGCCACCCAAACAACGUGGUGUCGGUAAAAUAUUGUCCCUCUUCUGGUCUGGUCUUCAGCGUCUCCACCUCAUACAUCAAGGUGUGGGACAUCCGUGACUCUGCCAAGUGCAUACGCACACUCACGUCAUCAGGGCAGGUGGUUACAGGAGACGCGUGCGCUGGCACAACCACCCGGACAAUCACCUUUGCUCAGGGCGAGUGUCAGAUCAACCAGAUAGCACUCAACCCAUCAGGAUCUGUGCUCUAUGCUGCUGCUGGAAAUAUUGUUCGCAUGUGGGACCUUAACAGGAUGCAGGCAACAGGCAAACUCUCAGGCCACAUCGGUUCUGUCAUGUGUCUGACAGUGGGACAGUCUCUGCUGGGCAAAGAUCAGGUCAUCACUGGCUCCAAAGACCAUUAUGUCAAGAUAUUUGAUGUGGCAGAAGGAACUCUGGGUAAUGUGGGUCCCGCUCAUAACUUUGAGCCUCCGCACUAUGACGGCAUUGAAUGUUUGGCCGUGCAGGGAGACGUGCUGUUCAGCGGCUCGCGAGACAACGGCAUCAAGAAGUGGGAGCUGGAGCAGCAGGAGCUCACACAGCAAAUCCCGAAUGCCCACAAGGACUGGGUGUGCGCUCUGGCCUAUGUACCUGGCCGGCCCAUGUUGCUGAGUGCCUGUCGGGGCGGCAUGCUCAAGGUGUGGAAUGUGGAAAACUUUACGCCCAUAGGAGAGGUCAGAGGUCAUGACAGCCCCAUUAAUGCCAUAUGCACCAACUCCAGGCAUAUCUUUACAGCCUCCAGUGACUGCAGGGUGAAGUUGUGGAACUAUGUGCCAGGCUUGACCCCAUGUCUUCCUCGUCGGGUCCUGGCCAUCAAGGGCCGAGCCACCAGUCUCCCCUGAUUGUGUCCUCUGCACACCGAACCUCCUUUCCUCUGCGACAAGACGGUGAAGAUCUGGCUGUCAAAGGUGUGGAGGAAGAGGUGAGAAGCAAAGUGACUGUGUAUCCUCUGUCAACCAUCUUGCUGCAACAGCAGCCGCUUCCAGCGACACGAUGUGACGCCUCAGCCGCAGUUUCCAAGGCAAUCAAGGUGUGGAUCAUGCAGAAAAACGGAGGACCGGGAAGUCAAAAAAUAUGCCUUUCAGAAAUUUUUUUUAUUUAUUUAUUUUUUUAUUUUACUGCCAACUUUCAAAGUGCCAUUCUGCUGUGGUGCUACUUGGAGAUAAAUGUUGUCAGCCUGGCGAAGCAUCCGCCAAGCAAACAAUUUCUCACCUGACAUGAAAACAACCACCUGCAGCCUGGUACUAAAUGAAAGUGUCCUUCUGUUCUUUCACCAAGGUUUCAGGCAAUGAGAUAUGAAUCUGCUUAUGUAUCUGCUGGACUGCAGUAUUAGGGACUGUCUCACAAACAUUGUGGCUGCUUAGAUACUGAGCACAUUGGAUAAUCAUGUUAAAUGGUCAUGGCAGUGGAUCGGUGGACUGCUGCUCAAAUGUCACUGGGAAAUUACAGACUACCACUAAUUGGUAUCCAGUUUUAGCAGGUGUAUGACUGGUUGUUUAUCAUGUUUGUGUUUUUGUUGUUAUAAUUUCUAAUUUAUUGUUUUUCCUACCUCACUCGUUUUGAACUCUGAACUGAGGUGGCUAGAAAAAAAAAAAAAGAUAACAUUUUUACAGGUCUUUGUGUGGAAACACUUGGUGCUUUAUGUCUCUAAGUCAUUCAUUUAAUCACUAUCGCUGUAUGGAUGUGUCCUGUGUGGGCCCCCUGGCAAUCACACCGUCUGGUUGCAGAACGGAUAUGGAGGUAGCGUUGGUCCAGCAGGACCUGACUGAAUCUCAUUAUCUUUUCUGGAAAAAGCUAACUGCAGCCAAAGUAAGAAAAAGACGUGCAGUUUGCUGACAACAUGAGCACUCCUCACGGAGAUGUGUGGCAGGUAUUGCACUGCGGCCAAAAUGUCAGAUUGUAAUGCUGUCAACCUGCAGCACGGGUGCCGUCUUUGCCAUUUAUCAUUCAAGCGCCCCCCCCCCCCCCCAACACUUUCUGUCUUUUUCAUUUUUAAGUUGGCGCUUCACACUGACCUUACUUUGGAGUCCACCUUUUUCAAGCUUCUUAACUUCAUCCAGAAGCCAAUUUAAUUAGAGCUUGGAUCUUCCAGCUGCUUUUCAGGCAAAAUUUCUUGUGUGAAAGUAGGUCAUCACUGAGAGGGAUUCUUUUCUUUCCACUCCUUUUUUUUUUUUUUGAUCCCCAGUUUUCUUCCACCCACCAUUUAGCUGCUACACUUUCAAGCAGGAAUAAACUUCCUGCGCCUGUGCACUGAUGUACAAAUCUGUUUAUGUGGCAGAUUAGGCGUGUGGGCAACACGCACAUAUGCACAUGCCACGGAUAAAUAAACAGUCUGAGAGGAUGUUUCGGCUAUCCAUCUUGUUUGAUGCGUCUUGGCAUCUUUCACUGUGUUGAUUUAGAGUCGCCAUAACAACACAGAGACAUACACUCUUAGGGACUGCAGCAUGCUCUAAAAGUCGCCUCCAUUGCCUUUUGGUAGCCUGACACCUCCUAAUACUGAAAAUAGCUCCACAUUAUUCCAUUAUAUCCUACCUUUUGCUUAACACCCCAUCAAAAAAAAAAAGAAAAAAAAAAAGAAGCUGGGACAAACUUCAAGCUUCCUGCCACUCAGACGUCUUACUGUUUGAUUUAAAAAAAAAACAACAAAAAAACCCAGAAAAACAAAAACAGUUUAUGUCUGCUAGUCAUGUUCUGCUUAGCAAUAUUUGUUUUGAAAAACCAUGUUUUGCUCAUUUGGUGCACUUUUCCUCGCAGAAGACCCAGAGUCGAAACAGUACGUAGUUAAAUUACGAGUGAUGCUUGGAUCAGAAAAUCGAGUUCAGAGGAGAAGAAAGUAGGAAAAAAACAAGUUUCCUGUUAAAUGUCCUGCUGCUGCUUUAUGUGUCCAACAUGAAUCUGAAGCUGCUUCAACUUGCCAAAAGCAAUUUUCUUGGUUGUAGUGUUCUGCUUAGGGGAUAAAACAUGAUUAUUCUAAUAAAACGUUGUCUUGAAUAAUAUUUUGUUAUGAUUAGAAACUCAGGUAUAUGUGAAAGGAUGACUUCAAACUUUAGUCAUAAUGUGACCCUGCGAACUAGCUUUUUCUACCAACCAAAUGCCUUGUUUAUGAGAAUAUUAUUAUUUUGAACAGAAAUGGUACUGUCAGUGUUUCAUACCACUUUGUGAAAUACUCAUUUUCCAUGUUUCACUUUUCCAUUUGAUGCCCUUUACUUCUUAUCUAUGUACUGUGCCAGUUUUACAUGGCACCUUCCCAAACUGGCCAAAACUGAAUGCCUUGAAAAUGUGCACUGAUGUAUAUUGUUUUUCUUUGUUUUGUGUUUUUUUUGUUUUGUUUUUUUACCAUGAUGACAUCUUUAAAAUGUGUACAGUAUGUAAAAUAUGUAAGUAUCUGUCCUGUAAAGCUGGAGUGACUGGUACAUAAUGUGGUCAUUAGCAGGGUAAUGAACUUCCACAGAGGAAAAGAGGAGGAAACCUUGACCAUGAAUCUGUUGACUGUUCACUGCAUUUUUCUGUGCUAAUUAGCCUAACUGACCCUGCUCACCAUCACACCAGGCUCAGAGUGAUAGCAGUGAAUAUACUAGGUUAUCUCUUUCUUUUUCUUGCUCUUUUAGACUUCUGCUUGUUUUUAGAGGCUCUGUUGUUCCACAGCUUUAGAUAAUCUGCUGCCCAUCGCUUGUACAUUUGCUAAAGGGUUUGAAAUGUCAGUUGUGCCGAUUGGUUGAGUUAACCUCUUCAAACGUUGCUGUUCAGUGGGUGACUUAGUUGUCUGUAUGUUGCUGAUCUAAGUGAUUAUUUAUUACCAUUGACAUGGUUAUUUUUCCUGGACUCUGAACAGCAUGCCAAGUAUAAGAGUUACUCGGACCAGGCAAAGAGUUUACGUGGUGCAUCUGAAUAGAUUUGAAUAUUAUUGAAAGGUAAAACUUGUGUACUCUAUGGAUUGGUUACAGGUUUGUCCGUUAAUUUUGGUGAUUGUACACUUGCCCCAAUCUUUUGAAUACGGUGUGGAUUUUUUUCCUCCCACACUUUUUUCACCCAUUAAUAUACUUUGGUGCAGAACUAUUUGAACAGAGAUCUUAACUGAAAGUGACCUGAAAAUGACAACAACAACAACAACAAAAACUUGUCAGAAAAUUAGAUAUUUUUAUUUUAAAGCCAAUAAUAAAAAAAAUAUUAUUCUAAAAUUGCUAUCAUCAUAAGACUGCAUAUUUGAGAGUUGUCCAGCAGACAGUCAUGGACAGCCUCAGUAAGGACCUUGAGGUCAUUUUUAAAGGAUUUGGCUGUUUACAGAGUGCUGCAUCAGUAAGGGAGCCUUGAG